UGAAACUGAUGGCUACAGUUUGCUUUGGUGGGUCUAUGGGUGGUUUGAAAAAAGAGACUGGACUCUCACAGGCUUCAACAGAGACUCCAUUAGUAGAAUGUACUUUGCAGGGUACUCCUCGUUCACCUGUCUUCUCCGCAGAUGGCGACUUUAUAAUUGGAGGUGUUUUCUCAAUUCAUUACCAGCUUUACACAGUGAUCUAUAAUUACACCACUAAACCUGAGUCUCCAAGAUGCACAGGGAGCAUUGAUGCUCGGGAAUUGCGCUUCUCCCGUUCAAUGAUCUUCGCCAUUGAAGAGAUAAAUAACCGCACAGAUUUGCUGCCCAGCAUAAAACUUGGUUAUCAGAUCUAUGACUCAUGUGCCUCUGUGCCUGUGGCUGUGCAUGUGGCAUUUCAACUGACAAAUGGACAUGACCCUGUGUUUUACAAAGGCGUAUACUGUUCUUCAUCUGGUGUGGUAAUGGCUACUGUUGGUGAAUCUGGAUCAACACCAUCCAUUAGCAUGUCACAGAUACUGGCAUCUUUUAACAUUCCUCAGGUGAGCCACUACGCCACUUGUGCUUGUCUUUCAGAUAAGCAUUUGUACCCAAAUUUCUUCAGAACGAUUCCAAGUGACCAGUUUCAAGCUGAUGCAUUGGCCAAGCUGGUAAAAUACUUUGGAUGGACUUGGAUAGGAGCUGUCAACUCAGAUUCUGAUUAUGGAAAUAGUGGAAUGGCAUCUUUUCUUAAUGUAGCUCUCAGAGAGGGUAUCUGUGUGGAGUACCUUGAAUCCUUCUUUCGGACUGACCCAAGCAGGAAGAUCCAAAGAGUCGCCAAUGCAAUCCGCAGGUCAACUGCUAUGGUUAUUGUGGCAUUUAUUGCCUCUGGAGAUAUGAGGGUCCUGUUGGAGGAACUGGCUCAGGAUCCUCCACCAUCUCGCCAGUGGAUUGGGAGCGAGUCCUGGGUGACUGAUACCUUCAUGGUAAAGUACAGUUUCUGUGCAGGAGCCAUUGGAGUUGCUAUCCCACAGUCUGUCAUCCCAGGUCUGAGCGACUUUCUUCUGGAUCUCUCUCCUUCUGAAGUGGCUGCCUCCCCUCUACUUAGCGAGUUCUGGGAGGAUGCUUUCAACUGCAGCUUAAGAAAAAGUGAGAACACUUUCCUGAGGCUAGGUUCUGUUAGAAGCAAAAAAUUGUGUGAUGGAACUCAAGAUAUAAAAAGGCUGGAAAACCCUUACACUGAAACAUCCCAACUAAGAGUAACUAAUAUGGUGUAUAAGGCUGCUUAUGCAAUAGCACAUGCCUUUCACAAUGCACUCUGUCAAGAAAAAAAUGUCACUACUCAGUGUGACAAAUUCCUCAAACUGAAUGCAAAGCAGAUUUAUUCAGAAUUAAAGAAGGUAAAUUUUUCUCAAAAUGGUUAUCAUGUAUCCUUUGAUGCUAAUGGGGAACCUGUAGCUGCAUAUGAGGUUGUUAACUGGCAAGUAACAGAGAGUGGAAGUACUGAGGUAGUAACAGUGGGUUAUUAUGAUGCAACCCUGCCAAUGGGCCAGCAGUUCCAUAUAAACAGAAAAAUAACUUGGAUGCAGGGUAGAUCACAAGUACCAGUGUCAGUUUGCUCAGAGAGUUGUCCUCCAGGGACUCGUAAAGUGUUGCAGAAAGGAAAACCCAUCUGCUGCUAUAAUUGUAUACCAUGUCCUGAUGGAGAAAUCAGUAAUAUUACAGAUUCACCAGAUUGCUACCCAUGCCCCAGGGAGUUCUGGUCAAAUGCAAAGAAAGAUGCAUGUUUACCCAAACCAGUAGAGUUUCUUUCUUUUAAGGAAAUUCUAUCAAUAAUCCUGGCUGCAUUCUCUGUUAGUGGGGCCUCCCUGGCCAUCAUAACAGCAGUGGUUUUCUUUCGUCACAGAACGACCCCAAUUGUAAGAGCUAACAACUCUGAGCUGAGCUUCCUGCUGCUCUUCUCUCUGACCCUGUGCUUCUUAUGUUCCUUAACUUUCAUUGGAGCACCUUCUGAGUGGUCCUGCAUGCUGCGGCACACAGCGUUUGGCAUCACCUUUGUUCUCUGUAUCUCCUGUGUUCUUGGCAAAACUAUAGUUGUUUUAAUGGCUUUUAAAGCAACACUCCCAGGGCACAAUGUAAUGAAAUGGUUUGGUCCUCCACAACAAAGAUUAACUGUAGUGUCUUUUACAUUUAUUCAAGUAAUAAUAUGCACUGUAUGGUUGGUUGUAAGUCCUCCCUUCCCAGUAAAAAAUCUUUCCACUUACAAGGAAAAGAUCCUCCUGGAAUGUGCAUUAGGCUCUGCUGUUGGUUUCUGGGCUGUGCUUGGCUACAUCGGCCUACUUGCUGUUUUUUGCUUUGUGUUAGCAGUUCUUGCUCGGAAACUACCUGAUAAUUUCAAUGAAGCCAAGCUGAUCACCUUCAGCAUGUUGAUAUUCUGUUCAGUCUGGAUCACCUUCAUCCCAGCAUAUGUCAGCUCUCCUGGAAAAUUUACUGUUGCAGUGGAGAUAUUUGCCAUUUUGGCCUCCAGUUUUGGACUGAUACUGUGUAUAUUUGCUCCAAAGUGUUUCAUCAUAUUAUUUCAACCAGAAAAGAACACAAAAAAACAUGUUAUGCAUGAAGAAGAUGCAGGAAGCCAGCGGACCUUACAUUGGAGGAACAUGUUUCCUCCACCAUUAGGUCGCUGUUACACCUGCUGCCAAAUUCCAAUUAGCCUUCACUUGUGCAGACUAGCUAUUGAAGGGCCUGACUGUCCACUAGCCUUAACCACUACGUGGUUUGGGAUGGCACUUAAUGUGGUGGACCCUGCAUGUGCCCUGAGAUUCACAGCCAUUUUGUUGGAGCUGAUGUCAGUGGUUUGUCCUGGUGUCUCUUUUAAUAGCCUGCAACAGAGGACAGCGCCUACAUUUCCUCUGUCUCGGGCUGGUCUCAGUGCUAACCCUUCAUCAGUGCGGUGUACCCUACAAGGCACCCCUCGUGUGCCUGCAUUCUCACAGGAUGGAGACUUUGUUAUUGGAGGCAUUUUCUCCAUUCAUUACAAACUUUAUACAGUUAUUUAUAACUACACAACCAAGCCUGAACCUCCAAGAUGCACAGGGAGCUUAAACACUCGAGUUCUGCGCUUCUCUCGUACCAUGAUCUUUGCAAUUGAUGAGAUAAAUAACAGCUCUAAGCUACUGCCUGGCAUCAAACUUGGAUAUGAGAUUUAUGAUUCCUGCAUAGCAGUUCCAGUGUCUGCACAUAUUGCAUUCCAACUGUCUAAUGGCCAGGACCCUGUAUAUUACAAGAACAGUAACUGUUCUCAGUCUGGAGUGGUGAUGGCUGCUGUUGGUGAUUCUGGAUCCACCCCAUCAAUCAGCAUUUCGCGCAUCUUCCGGUCCUUUGGCAUCCCCCUGGUGAGUCCAUUUGCCACAUGUGCCUGUCUGUCAGAUAAGCAGCAACACCCAACAUUUUUCAGAACAAUUCCCAGUGACCAGUUCCAAGCUGAUGGGCUGGCCAAACUGGUGAAACACUUUGGGUGGACUUGGAUAGGUGCAGUGCGCUCCAACUCUGACUAUGGAAAUUAUGGCAUGGCAUCUUUUCUUGACGCAGCGCUCAGAGAGGGGAUAUGUGUGGAGUAUUCUGAAGCCUUCUAUCGGACCGAUGCCCCCUACAAGAUAAAAAGAGUUGCUGAUAUGAUUCGAAGGUCAACAGCCAUUGUUGUUGUGUCAUUUGCUGCAUCUGGUGAUAUGAAGGUUUUGUUGGAGGAGCUGGCCCGGGACCCUCCUCCACCUCGUCAGUGGAUUGGAAGUGAGGGUUGGGUUACUGAUCCACACUUGAUGAGCUUCAGUUUCUGCAGAGGGGCCAUUGGAGUUGCUAUUCAGCAAUCUGUGAUCCCGGGUUUGAGAGACUUUCUUCUGGAUCUCUCUCCCUCUAAAGUCACUAGCUCCUCAGUGUUGACUGAAUUCUGGGAGGAGGCUUUUGAGUGCAGUUUGACAGAAAAUGCAGAUCUGAACAAACGAGAAUGUGAUGGAACUGAAGAUAUUAACCGGCUUAAGAAUCCUUACACUGAAACAUCCCAGUUAAGGGCGACUAAUAUGGUUUAUAAGGCUGUUUAUGCAAUAGCUUAUGCCAUUCAUAGUGCAGUAUGUAUGGGGAACAAAUCAACCAUUUACUGUGACAAAUACUUCAACCUGGAGCCUAAACAUGUUUUUACUGAAUUAAAGAAGGUCAACUUCACCAGAAAUGGAUAUCAUGUCUCUUUUGAUGGUAAAGGUGACCCUGUGGCUUUUUAUGAGCUUGUAAACUGGCAGAAAAGUGAUAGUGGAAUUAUGGAGCUGGUUACAGUGGGGUACUACGAUGCAUCACUGCCAAUGGGAGAGCAGUUCCGUAUAAACAGGAACUUAACCUGGCUAGAUGGUGGCACACAAGUACCAGUGUCAGUUUGCUCUCAAAGUUGUCCUCCAGGAAGUCGCAAGGUUUUGCAGAAAGGAAAGCCCAUCUGCUGCUAUGAUUGUAUACUCUGUCCUGAGGGAGAGAUCAGUAAUAUCACAGAUUCUCCUGACUGUUUCCUUUGCCAUGAAGAAUUCUGGCCUAAUACAAAGAAAGAUGCUUGUUUGCUUAAACCUGUGGAGUUUCUUUCUUUUGACGAAGUGCUUGGAAUCAUCCUGGUUGUAUUCUCUGUUAGUGGGGCCUGCUUGACGAUUACGGCAGCAACUGUUUUCUUUUAUCAUAGGACAACUCCAGUUGUCAGAGCCAACAACUCUGAACUUAGUUUCCUGUUGCUCUUCUCUUUGACUCUGUGUUUUUUAUGUUCAUUAACUUUCAUUGGAGCACCUUCUGAGUGGUCCUGCAUGCUACGGCACACAGCAUUUGGCAUCACUUUUGUUCUCUGUAUUUCCUGUGUUCUUGGGAAAACUUUGGUGGUUUUAAUGGCCUUUAAAGCUACACUUCCAGGAAAUAAUGUAAUGAAAUGGUUCGGUCCUCUACAGCAAAGACUGACUGUAGUGUGUCUCACGUUAGUUCAGAUAAUAAUAUGUACCUUGUGGCUAGUUGUGAGUCCUCCUUUUCCAGUGAAAAAUCUAACCACAUACAAAGAAAAGAUCCUCCUGGAAUGUGCAUUAGGUUCUGCUGUGGGUUUCUGGGCUGUGCUUGGCUACAUUGGCCUGUUGGCUGUUUUUUGUUUUGUGUUAGCUUUUCUUGCUAGAAAACUACCUGAUAAUUUCAACGAAGCUAAACUAAUAACCUUCAGUAUGUUGAUAUUUUGUGCCGUCUGGAUCACCUUUAUCCCAGCAUAUGUCAGCUCACCUGGAAAAUUUACUGUGGCUGUGGAGAUAUUUGCCAUUCUGGCCUCCAGUUAUGGACUGAUUUUGUGCAUAUUUGCCCCCAAAUGUUUCAUUAUUUUGUUUCAGCCUGAGAAAAACACCAAGAAAUACAUGAUGAACAAAAAAUAA